AUGUCGGAAAAUCGACAAAGAGAAGAGAUCGAAGUCGCAUCUACCAGAAUACCGUUAAAGAGGCACUCAUCUCAACUCAGCGUCGAAUACAAGACACUUACAAUCAAGCUUGAAGAAGCACGUACAAAGACUAUCGAUGUCGAUGAUAAAAGAAUCAAGGAAGAACUCGAUAUUAAUUAUCAUAAACUGACUCUUAAUGAACUUGGUCUUCGCUUUGCCACUUCUAUUUCAUCGGGGAUUUCUUCAUCAUCGGCCGCCCGCAGAUUACAACGUAAUGGAAAGAAUGCUAUCUCUCCACCCGAGUCAAAAUUGCUUACCAAAAUUUUCGAAUACACAUUCGGUGGCUUCUGUCCAUUGCUGUGGUUUGCAUCAUUAAUAUGUUUUCUUGCCUGGAAACCUCUCGGUGAACCUACUCCCGACAAACAGAAUCUGGGCCUUGCUAUUCUUCUUUUGAUUGUGAUCUUUCUCCAAGCGGUUUUUAACGGUUAUCAAGACUGGACAACAAGCUCUGUAAUGAAGUCAAUCAACAAAAUGUUGCCUUCUACGGCAAUUGUCACACGGGACGGAAAGGAGCAAACGGUUCCCCUCUCAAAUCUUGUUGUUGGCGAUUUGGUCCAUCUGAAACUUGGAAACAAAGUACCUGCAGAUAUCCGAAUAACAGAGCAGAUUGAUCUCAAAUUCGACAAGUCUAUACUAUCUGGAGAAUCCAAGCCAGUCAGUGCCAGUACUGAACAGACCAAUGAAAUUUAUCUUGAAUCACGAAACAUCGCGUUGAUGGGCACACUUGUAACAAUGGGUGGAGGAUCGGGUAUCGUUGUGGCUGUUGGCGAUGGUACUGUUAUGGGGAAAUUGGCCAAAUUGUCAUCACAUGGUUCGCAAGACAAAACGCUUCUGCAGAAAGAGAUUACCCGAUUCGUAAUUGUCAUUACGACGCUGGCCGUCCUCACUUCAAGUUUGACACUCAUUGUUUGGGGCACUUGGUUAAGGCACUCCUAUCCGAAUUUUAUUAAUUUACCAAUGGCGCUUAUAAAUGCAAUUGGGGUUCUUGUGGCUUUUGUGCCUGAAGGGCUUCCGAUUGCCGUAACAUUAACUCUUACUCUGGUCGCUAGAAGGAUGGCAAGUCAAAAAGUAUUAGUAAAGAACCUGACUGUCGUUGAAACCUUGGGUUCUGUGAACGUCAUUGCGAGUGACAAGACUGGUACCUUGACUCAGAAUCGGAUGGCGAUUACCAAUGUCCACAUAGGCCAGGACUCGUACAAUCAAGGUGAAUGUCGCCAGGCCCAACUUGAGAAAUCUCCAGGUUUUUCUCAGUUGAUUUCUGUCGGACGUCUUUGCAAUGCUGCCUCUUUUGAUCCAAGUACAAUGAGUCUCUCGAUUUCUGAUCGAUUGGUACUGGGCGACGGCACCGAUGCAGCUGUUCUUCGAUUUGUUACCGAGUAUGCCAUUGACGAAACAGAAGUUGGUAAUUUUGACAAGAUUGCCGAGAUACCAUUCAACUCGAAAAACAAGUGGAUGUUGCGUAUCAUGAGGCCCAAAAGUGCUAGUAACGUGUAUAAAACCGCUUGUCCUGUCUUGAUGAUUAAAGGUGCACCAGAAGUGUUGUUCAAUAGUUGUACACGAAUUAUCGAUGCCGAUUGCAACGAGAAACCUUUUGGUGAAUUUGAGCGACAAUCCCUAGUUAACGUACAGGAAAGUUGGAGCUCUUCUGGUCGACGUGUCAUUGCCCUUUGUUACCGCAUCAUCAAGAACGAAAACGAGAUUCCUAAAGACUCUCACGACUUGGAAGCACUUGAAAAACUUGCAUACAACUUGACGGUCGUCGGACUUGUGGGGAUUCUAGAUCCACCUCGCAGGGAGAUUCCAGAUGUUAUAAGAACCUGCCGCGCUGCCGGUAUCAGAAUAUUUAUGGUUACCGGGGAUUAUUUUUUAACUGCUACUGCUAUUGCCAAACAAGUUGGGAUCUUUACUGCCGAGGAUGUGCAUACAAUCACUGAUCUCGAUCAGCUAUCGGCAAAGUUGGAAAUUGUCACUGAGAAGGAACCGAGGGUCGUAACUAAUGGCAAAGGAAAGGCUACCGGGGGGGCUCUCCUGUUAAACGGAAGUGAUUUGAUAUCCUUGUCCGAAAAUCAAUGGGAUCUGGUUGCUGCAUAUGAUGAAAUUGUCUUUGCUCGUACAACUCCCGAGCAGAAAUUAAGCAUAGUCCAAGAGUUUCAGAAACGUCAUUGUACUGUUGGAGUAACUGGCGACGGUGUUAAUGAUGCUCCUGCUUUAAAGGCUGCUGAUAUUGGUAUUGCCAUGGGGAGUGGAAGCGAAGUCUCGAUCGAAGCUGCAGAUAUGGUGCUCAUGGACAGCAACUUUUCAUCGGUCGUGGUUGCAUUGGAAAGCGGUCGUCUGGUCUUUGACAAUCUGAAAAAAGUCAUUCUUUAUUUGCUGCCAGCCGGUUCUUGGUCUGAAUUGGUUCCUGUGCUCGUCAACGUGUUCUUGGGAGUUCCCUUGCCUUUAUCGACAUUCCUGAUGAUAGCUAUUUGCGUGUUAACCGAUAUACUUCCAUCUAUCGCCAUGAUGUACGAAACACCUGAAAGUGAUUUGCUUACACGUCAACCUCGUAAUCCAAGGAAAGACCGUCUUGUGAAUUGGAGGCUUCUUGUUCAAGCAUAUUUGUGCCUUGGCAUGAUCGAAACUUUCUUCUCGCAUCUCAUGUUUUUCUUUUACAUGCAUCGGUAUGGAGGGUUUAUGCCGUCGGAUCUGUUGCUCGCUUAUGAUAAAUGGACUGACGGCUAUAAAGGUCACAGCAUGGAUGAAUUGAACGAACUCAAUUGGACCGGGCAGUGCGUAUUGUUUGUAAGCUUGGUUGUCAUGCAAGUUUUCGGUAAUAUCUUUGCAACUCGAACACGAUACCUAUCCUUGAUCCAACACUCGCCAAUUGCAAAACAGUCCAAAAAUUACUAUCUUUUUGGCGCUCAAGUUGGUUCUAUCGCCAUUGCAAGCUUUUUGGUAUACGCACCAAUGAUAAAUGACUCUUUACAUACGCGUCCUGUUCCGGCGCAAUUCUGGUUCAUACCUUUGGGAUUUGCCGCCGCCAUUAUUGCUGUCGACGAAACUAGAAAAUUCUUUGUUCGGAGGCAAUCGCCUGCUUUCUUCCACAAGAUUGCUUGGUAA